AAAGCCACCCGAAUCUUACUCCUUUCCUCACCUCCACAAUACUUCUUACACUUCUCUCUUUCUCUCUCCACAAUACCUUUCCAUUGGUUCAAGUUGCCUGCAUAUAAAUGUACGUAUGUAACGUCCUAAGUUGGCACUGAAAUAAAUAUUCGUGCACACUUUCCAGGUUACUAUUCACAGGGACAUUCUUUUAGGCUCUAUCUCUAUAAAGAAAAAUGGUUGCGCCUCAAGAAUCAAUGGCGAUAAGGGAUCACAAUCAUAUGAUCAAAGGAAAGCGCACCAAGCGGCAAAGGCACAUCUCGCAGCUUUCAUUAACCAUGGCUACUAGCUCGUGUAGCUCCGCGGAAGUCAGUGGUGGCGGUUUUGGCGGUGCAGCAACGGAGGAGGAAGAAGAAGAAUACAUGGCCAAUUGUUUGAUUCUUUUGGCUAAAGGAAAAACACAAAAAUUAUGUGAACCACCUGCUGUUACGAGGUCGAACGUAUACCAGUGCAAAACAUGUAACAGAUGUUUUCCUUCAUUCCAAGCACUUGGUGGGCACCGAGCAAGUCACAAGAAACUUCAGACAACAAGCCUAGAAGAGAAUGUACUUCAAAUCAGUAAUGAUCAUGGUACAAAUAUUUCAUUUCAGAUUUCAAGGAGCAGAGAUCUACGCAGCCCAGAAAAUACCAAGUCUAGGGUUCAUGAAUGUUCUAUAUGUGGAGCUGAAUUCACCUCUGGUCAAGCCUUGGGGGGUCAUAUGAGAAAGCAUAGACCAUUGCCUAGUCAUGAUCAAGAUUCUCUAAAAGCCCAGAAAUCAAGAAAUCCGUUAUCAUUGGACCUUAAUCUUCCUGCAGCACCAGAAGGUGAUGAUGAUCACAUAGAAUAUUCAAAGUUUUCUGCAUCAAAAGAACAAGUAUUGUCUACCUCUCCUUUGGUUGAUUGCCAUUUAUAACUAAUUUCUCUGAUCAGCAGGAAAAUUCUUAUUUACAUUGUUUUCAUUUUUUCAUUCAUAAAUUUGUAAAUUGAUUCUUUGACAUUCACAAAUUAAUUUGUAAAAUUGAUUAGUUGAUUUCGUUUAA